AUGAAGCCCACGGUCGUGCUGUUGGCCACCUUUCUGGUGCCCUCCGUCCGGGCCACGACGCCGUCGAUGCGCAUCGGAGUGCCUGCCGCGGUGACGGUGACAGAAACCAGCACCCAGACCGUCACUGUGUCGGAGACCUGCGAGGCAGCGCCAGUUCUGGCUGAGGUCUACUCGGCCGUCCCUGUGCCUUCGAUGGCAUCUGCAUCCAAUCCGCCAGAUCUCAUCACGACCACGGAAUCCAGUCUCUCUGCGCCGACGCCUGCGCCAGGAGUCGCGGUCCACGUUGAGCUGGGAAUUGACUGCGACUGCACAACAAUGACUAGCCUGACGACCCAUACGUACACCAUCACCGAUCCCACGGGGUCCACGUCGGUGAGCUACUCGACCGUCCCCAUCACCACGCCGUCGCCCACGACCACCUUCAAGACGACGCUGCCGCCCGUCACCAAAACCAGCCACACGACCAUCACGAGCACCAUCGACUGCGAGUGCGAAAGUUGUUGUGGCAAGGAGACGGUGACGGUGACAGUGCCGACCACCAUCACCUCGGUCACCACCUCGCUGGUGACCUCGACCGGCUAUAUCACCUCCUUCGUCACUCGCACCAUCUCCAGGACGGUGACCACGGCUGAGACAGUGUUAGUGCCGACCACGACGACCUUCACGUCGACGCUGACCAACACCAUCACGACCUCGUACAUUUCCACGCAGACCAUUACCCGGAGCUUCACCGAGACCGACACCGACACCGUCACCCAGCCGGGCCAGACCGUCACCCGCACCAACAACGGCACCGUGACGGUGACCGACAGUGAGACAGCUCCAGCCACGACGGUGACGAUCACCAUCUCUGAGCCUGGAGAGACCGUCACCUCGACGCUGUCUCCGUCGGUUACCUCGUUGCCAGCAUCGACCGUCUCAGUGACAGUGAUCAUCAGUACCACGAUCUUUGACACGGUGACCGUGCCUGGACCGGGCACGACCGUAACGGUCACCAACACUCCUCCUACCAACACCGUGACUGCAACUGGAACCACGACGGUGUCCAUCUGCCCAACCCUGUCCGUGAAUCCCACGUACACGCCGGCCGUUCGUCCGCCGCGCGAAUACACCUGGGGCUGUCCCCCCGGUUAUCUCUGCAAGCCCAAACACGUCGGACCGGCCGAGGGCUGCAACGUCGAAGCUGGGUUGCCGGCCGACGGCUAUGUGUGCCAUCCAGACGAGUGCAUCAAGAGUCCGCCCUUCAUCCAUGACCAGUUCUGGGGCAAACCGGGCGAGUCGCACGAGGUGGGAUCCUACUACAACGUCUCCCAGUCCUACUUCAACCUCAACCCGGAACUGUUCGGGCUGGACUACUCCAUCUUCCGCGUCCCCGCGACACCCGCCGACCUGGCGCUCUACUAUAAGCGGUCGGCCGGCGGACGACGCCGCAGUGAUCGCCUACAGUCGCGCAAGGAGAUCUCCAGGGUGCCCCCGGAGUGCUACGACGAAUGCAACGACGCUGCGCUGGAGGUCGAGUCGAGCGGCAAGACACCAGCCAUCUGUCAGUCCGGGUCGGCUUUCAAACGCUCACUGAGGAGCUGCCAGAAAUGCUCGGACCGCGAGAAGGACUCCAGUCUCGGCGGAUUCGACGAGGUGGUGCUGCCAAACUUUCAGCAGUUCCUCAAUUACUGCGAGGGUCACGCCAGCACGACCGCCGCAGGCAUCACCGUCACCACUUCAUCCCAACCUACAUCAACGUCGGAGUCAACCACGUCCUCGACUACAUCCUCAACUACGUCGGAUUCGAGCACAGGAUCCACCGCGGAUUCAACGGCGUCGACGUCAACCUCCCAUACAGCUCCAAUAACGAGAUCUACCGGCUCGCGGACCACGCUUCCAUUGGAACCCAGCUCGCCUGGAUCGGGCUCAACGCACGUGACGGCGUCCAACGGCGAGGCCACCGAGUCAACCACGAGCGUCCCCGUCCUCCCCAGCGGAACGGCAUCGUCGACCGGGGGCAGCGAGACGCCGAACCAGCCGGGCAACAGCGGAUCCGUCAGCCUGACGACGGGCUUCCCCGGCGUGCCCUCCGAGACGCCGCCACCCUUGUUCACGGGUGCUGCGAGCGCACUGACUGUGCCGUCGCAUUGGCAGAUGGUAGCGCCGGUGAUGGCCUUGAUGGCCUUGUUGGGAUAG